AUGGGAAACCUUGUUCACUCUGGAAUCUACAACUUCCCAAAGGACCCCAAUUUCCACACAUCCAACUCCAGCAACAGAGCCCACCAACACAAUAUUUACUCAGCAGUCUGCCACCUUCUCUGGGAGCUCAAGUCCACAGAUACAGCUAUUCCUCCUGACACCUCCUUCACUACAGGACAGACUGAGCCAUACACAACCUCCAAGAGCAGCUUGAUUUCAACAAUAGCAACUCAAACAACUGAGACAUCUCAAACAACAGUCUUCACUCAGGAGUCUACAAACUUGCUAAGCAGUUCAAUUUCCACAGAAACAGCUGAACCUCCUGAGGUCACCCACACCUCAGCCCUGACAGAUGCACCUACAACAUCCCUAACAAGUCCAAUAUUGACACAGUCAACUGAAGCUUUUGAGACCUCUCCAACAACAGUGUUCAGUCAGGAAUCUACAACAUCCCCAAGCAACCUGAUUUCAACCCAUGCAAUUCAGGCAACAGACUCUAUGGAAACUGUAUCUACUCAGAAGUCUACAUCCUUCCUAAGCAGCUCAGUUUCCAUAGAUACAGUUGUCCCUCCUGAGAGUUCUCCCAGUACUGUCCAACCUGAGGCAUCUACAACCUCCUGGAGCAGCUCAAUUUCAGCACAUACAACUCAACCCCCUGAAACAUCCAAAACAGAAUUCACUCAGGAAUCUACAACCUUGCCAAGGAGCUCAAUUUCCGCAGAAACCGUUGCACCUCCUGAUGUCACCCACACUUCAGCCCUGACUGAGGCAUCUACAACUUCCCUAAGCAGCCCAAGUUUGUCACCAACAACUCAAGCUCCUGAGACAUCUCAAGCAACGGUCUUCACUCAGGAUUCACAGGAAUCCACAACCUUUCCAAGCAGCUCUAUUUCCCCAGAAACAGUUGUAUCUCCUGUGACCUCCCAUACCUCUUCCCUGACCAAGGCACCUACAACUUCUCAAACACAUGGAUCUCAACUAACUGAGACCUCCAAAACUGUCUUCACUCAGGAAUCCACAACCAUCCCAAGCAGUCCAAUGUUAACAGAACCAGCCAUCCCUCCUGAUACUUCAUCCUCUAGUGCCCUGAUGGGGUCUUCUACCACAUCCACAAGCAGCUCAAUUUCUACACAAACAACUCAAGCCCCUGGGACUUCCCAAACAGCCUUCAUUCAAAAAUCUACACCCCUCCCUAGCAGCUUGGUUUCUUCAGAAACUGCUGUGUCUUCUGAGAUCACCCACAUCACAUCCCAAUCUGAGGCCUCUACAACUUUCCCAGGCAGCUUGAGUUCCACACAAGAUACUCAAGGAACCGAGACAUCCCUAGUAGGCUUCACUCAGAAAUCUACAACCUUUGCAACUAAAUCAGUUUCUUCAGACACAGUCGUACCUCCUGAGAGUUCUCCCAGUACUGUCCAGCCUGAGGCAUCUUCAACCUCCCCAAGCAGCUCAGUUACAACACAGACAUCUCAACCCACAGAGUCAUUCCCAACAACUGUCUUCACUCUGGAACCUACAACCUUCUCUAGCAGCCCAAUGUUGACAGAAACCACUGGGCCUCCUCAGAUCACUCACACCACAGUCCACACUGAGGCAUCUACAGCCUCCCAGAGCAGCCCAAUUCUGCCACAGGCAACUCACACUACUCCAGGCUCUCAAACAACAGUCUUCCCUCAGGAAUCUACAACCUUCUCAACCAGCACAAUUUCCACAGAAACAGCUGUAACUCCUGAAAACCCCUACACCUCAGCUCUUCCUCCAGAGUCUACAACCUCCCCACCUAGCCCAAUUUCUACACAAACAUCUCAAGCAACUGAGACAUCCCCAAGAGUCUUCACUCAGGAAUCUACUGUCCUCACAUCCCCCUCCAUUUCAACAGACACAGCUGGACCCCCUGAGAGCUCCUACACCUCAGCUGUAAAUGGGGCAUCUACAGCCUCCUCAAGGACCCCAGGGUCAACACAUGAAACUCAACCAGCUGAAUCAUGGAAAACCGUGUCCACUCUGGAAUCUACAACUUCCCAAAGGACCCCAAUUUCAACACAUCCAACUCCAGCAUCAGAGCCCACCAACACAAUAUUUACUCAGAAGUCUUCGUCCUUCCCUGGGAGCUCAAGUUCCACAGAUACAGCUAUUCCUCCUGACACCUCACUCACUACAGGACAAUCUGAGCCAUACACAACUUCCCAGAGCAGCUUGAUUUCAACAAUAGCAACUCAAACAAUUGAGACAUCUCAAACAACAGUCUUCACUCAGGAGUCUACAAUCUUGCCAAGCAGUUCACUUUCCACAGAAACAGCUGAACCUCCUGAGGUCACCCACACCUCAGCCCUGACUGAUGCACCUACAACAUCCCUAAGAAAUCCAAUAUUGACACAGUCAACAGAAGCUUUUGAGACCUCUCAAACAACAGUGUUCAGUCAGGAAUCUACAACAUCCCCAAACAACCUGAUUUCAACCCAUGCAACUCAAGCAACAGACUCUAUGGAAACUGUAUCUACUCAGAAGUCUACAACCUUCCCAAGCAGCUCAGUUUCCACAGGAACAAUUGUUCUUCCUGAGAACUCCCAGACCACACACCCAUCUGAGGCAUCUACAAUACCCCAAAGCAGCCUGAUUCCAACACAAGCAACUCAAGCCACUGAUUCCUUCCAAACAAUCGUCCUCACUCAGGAAGCUACAACCUUUGCAACCAACUCAAUAGCUUCAGAAACAGCUGUACCUCCUGAGAGCUCCCACACCACAGUCCAACCUGAAGCAUCUACAAGCUCCCUGAGUAGGUCAUUUUCAACACAAGCAACUGAGACUUCCCACAAAACACCCUUAACUCAGGAAUCGAAAACUUUCCAGAGCUCCUCAACUUUAAGAGAAAGUGCUUCUACCACCUCCCCACCUAGCCCAAUUUCUACACAAACAGCUCAAGCAACUGAGACGUCCUCAAGAGUCUUCACUCAGGAAUCUACUGUCCUCACAUCCCCUCCAUUUCAACAGACACAGCUGGACCCCCUGAGAGCUCCUACACCUCAGCUCACCUUCCCUGUGUUCAGCAGCAGCUCCACCGCCCGGCCCCCUUUCACCAGCCUACAUCCUACUUCCAUGAGGACUCAAUACAUCUCUUUGCCACCAAAGGACUGCAAGAAUGGGAAGUGGAAUGGCCGAGCGUGUGAAUGCAAACCGGGCUACACCGGCCAGCUCUGCGACUCCAUCCUGUACUCCUUCCCAGUAGAACUCCCGGAUGUUAUCAACGCCACAGUGACCGUGAUAGUAAAAGUGAUUCAUCGGAACUUCACAGCUGACCUGAGGAACAAAUCCUCCCAGGCCUACAAGGACUUCAGAAAUCUCUUCCUGAGCCAGAUGGAUAAAGUUUACGGUGGCGAUGACCUUCCCGAGUACAGAGAUGUGACCAUUAGAGGAUUGUACAAUGGCAGCAUCGUGGUGGAAAGCGACGUCGUUCUAGUGGCCAACUACACCCCGGAGUAUCAGGCGCUGUUCAGAAACCUCACGAGGAUCGUGAAGGACAAGAUCAUCAAUGAGACCAGAGCAAUCGAAACUGACCCUUUCCUGUGCCAACGCAGCAAACUGUGCUACAAUGGUAACUUCACCACUGUGGACAUGGAGGCUCUGAGGCUCAGUUUCAACCCUGCCGAGCUUUGCACCCGGGAGGCUGCCGAGGACUUCAGACAGUACUUCUACCCGGAGGUCCUGGAGGGAAGGCUGACCUGCGUGAAUAACUGCACUCAGGGCACAAAGUCGCAGCUCAACUGCAACCUGGGCCGGUGCCAGCUGCUGCGCUCGGGACCCCACUGCGUGUGCCCGAACACAGACACCCACUGGUACUGGGGGGAGACUUGCCAGUCUAGAACCAGCAAGAGACUCGUGUAUGGACUUGUGGGCACCGUGCUGGCAGUCCUGCUGGUCCUUGUGGUUGUCUUGGCUGUCUUCCUUGGCCGGUCUCAGAAAGAACUGCGCAGGUCAAAAUAUGACCCCUCACAAGCAUGGCAGAGAGACGCUGUCCCUGGAACCUUCCGGAGCACAGGCGUCUGGGAAGUGCAUCAACCCCUUGCUCGACUGCGGUUCCUCGUCCCCUUCUCCUUCCCCACCAUCCAGGCCUCUCACUGA